UACAAGAAUUGUAAAAGUAAAGUUAGAUACUUUCCUGAUACUGAAAGUGAUGAAGAAUCAAAGAAUAAAGCAAUUCAAUUUAGGAAAUCAAUUGACGCCCAGCGAAUUCAAAAUACAAUAUCCGAAGUUGACGACUUAGAGGAAGAUAAAAUUUACGAUUCGAAUGAGGAUGCCGACAAAGAUUUUAAUGAUCAUGAUUACAUUAAAGAAGAUGACAUGGAAUUAGAGGAGGGUGACGUUAAUAUUGGUCUGAAGAUUAUAUCGAUCCAGAAGAAGGAGUAUGAUAUGGAAGAGGUGUUCGAUUUUGAGAAGUUUAAUGAUGAUCAAUUUAACGAACAAAGUUGGAUUGAUCAAUUUUUAGAUAU